AUGUCAACCUCACAAGACGCGCUCAGCGCUACAUCCAGUACGGCUGAGAAUGGGCGACUUUCGCCGCGGCAGAGGGAGAAGGCGCCAGUGAACCUCGACGACGUAGCGUUGCCGAACGGUGUGGACCAUGAAAUCAGCCUCCUCAUCGCAGAGUACCUCGCGUCCCGGCAUCCCCGGUUAGCGGACGCGCUGGCGACCGAGAUAGGGCCGGCGCGGGACGAGGUCGUGCGGCAGGAGAUUGAGGCGGUCGAGAAGGCUAUUCUUGAUGGCAAUUUCCCCGCUCUUGAAGGGCUUUUAACGGCUCCCGGCCUCCUGGGCCAGCAGAGCCAGAGGGCCUUCCUCUACAUGUGCUAUCGCCAGCAGUUCCUCGAGUACAUCGACAACCGCGAGAGCCAGAAGGCAUUCAACCUCCUCCAGAAGCGUCUCAAGCCACUCGAGCACUACCAGCCGGUUCCUUACGACUUCUACUCUCUUGCGUACCUGACCUCCGCUUCAACAGUACACGACGCGCCAGGUUUGAGGGACUGGGCAGGCGCUGGACCCGAACGCGAACGCCUUGUCAAUAUGUGGCGCGAGCUCACGGACGCGGCACGGGUGAAUGCCCACGCCAUCGCCGGAGACGCUAUUCCCAGUCGGCCUGUGCCGCGGGACCGCCUCGUCACACUUCUCCGUCAGGCCACAGCAUGGCAGGUCGACGGGGCGCGUGGCCGCGGUCAGGGACCGUGGCAGCUCCAGAGCCUGUUGACCGACUACUCGUCACCAUCCGUACCGACAAGAUUGGAGCGGUUGAUCAGAGGCCACCGCGCAAACAUCAAAUGUGUCGCGUUCCUCCACGAUGGCCGGGGUAUCAGCGGGAGCAGCGACACGACACUACGUAUCUUCAACAUCCACUCGGGAGAGACGGAGCGUGUCCUCAACGCCCACCAGAGCCGUGUGUGGGACGUUGCGCCCUCGCCCGAGGGGUCGUUUAUUGCGAGCGGCUCGGGCGAUGGGACGGUGCGAGUGUGGACAGCCGAUGGAGAAUGUGCAUCGGUAUUGGUCGGCGACGGAGGGGACGUGUACAGCGUGCGCUGGCAGCCGGGGCGGGAAGACCGGGUCGUGGCGGCGUGUUAUGACAAGAUCCUGCGACUUUGGGACGUCGAGGCUGACCGCUUAAUCCGUACAUUCUCAGGACACGCCCAGAGCACGCUGGCGGUCGCGUUCGACCCGGCAGGCAAGGUCAUUGCGAGUGGGAGUAAGGACAAGCAUAUCCGGUUGUGGGAUGCGGUAGGCGGGGUGUGCACGCAGACAAUGACGGCGCAUCUCGGCGAGAUUUCGAGCGUCGAAUUCGCUCACGAUGGAAAAUACCUCCUCGCGGGAUGCAAGGACAACUCGAUCCGUCUCUGGGAUCUGCGAAUGCAACGCAACAUCUACCGCUACACGGGCCACCAGAACACGUCCAAGAACCUGAUCCGGUGUUCUUUUGCGAACGCGUCGUCCACUCUGAUCGCGUCCGGCUCGGAAGACGGCCUAGUCUACCUCUGGGAGCGGGAGGGUUCGGACGUGUCGGAAACCUCGUCUCUAUCUAACAGUUCGCCGCCUAUCCUCACGCCCAGCUCAGUCUUCCAGACUGUCAGCAGCCACAUCCACCCGGCGCGCGCGCCAACCCUCCCCCGCGGCCCAGCCACCGCCGCAAUGCCGCGCUUCGGCACGUCCCCCUCGGUCCCGAGCGCGACGACUGUACGGCCAUUCAAGGCGCUUGCGGGACAUGGCGCAGGUGCAGUGUUUGAUGUUCGCGCGCUGGGGGGAACGAUGCUGUCGGGCGCAGAGGAUGGGGCUGUGGGCGUAUGGGGGGCGGAAAAAGAAUGA